AUGGCUUCGCUCGUCGAAUCUGGCUGGAGGUAUCUGAUCACAAAUUUCAACGACUUUCAACUGGCAUGUCUAGGAAGUUUCUUUCUCCAUGAGAGUGUUUUCUUUUUAUCUGGACUCCCUUUUAUAUUUCUUGAGAGGGCAGGAUGGCUGAGCAAGUACAAGAUUCAGACAAAAAAUAACAGCCCUGCAGCUCAGGAGAAAUGUAUUACUCGCCUACUGCUGUAUCAUUUUUGUGUCAAUCUGCCAGUUAUGAUCAUUUCCUAUCCUGUCUUCAAAUUCAUGGGCAUGCGGAGUAGUCUUCCAUUGCCGUCCUGGAAAGUUGUUUCAACACAGAUCAUUUUCUACUUCAUCUUAGAGGAUUUUGUAUUCUAUUGGGGACAUAGGGUUCUGCAUACAAAAUGGUUGUAUAAGCAUGUGCACAGUGUCCAUCAUGAAUAUGCUACGCCUUUUGGACUGACCUCUGAAUAUGCUCACCCGGCAGAGAUAUUGUUCCUUGGUUUUGCCACCAUUAUUGGUCCUGCCAUCACUGGGCCCCAUCUGAUCACUCUCUGGUUAUGGAUGGUACUUAGAGUGCUCGAGACAGUCGAGGCACAUUGUGGUUACCAUUUCCCGUGGAGCCUCUCAAACUUCUUACCUGUGUAUGGAGGUGCUGAUUUUCAUGACUAUCAUCACCGUUUGCUUUAUACCAAGUCUGGCAACUAUUCAUCAACUUUUGUUUACAUGGACAGGAUCUUCGGAACCGAUACCGGUUACAGAAAGUUGAAGGCACUGAAGAAAACUGGAGUUGAAGACGACGGCAAGGAAAUGUGA